AUGAUGCGCGUGUGGCUUCGUCCGUGCGCGUCUGCAAUUGCUGUUUCCUCGCCACUCCGUCGUUGUAUUGCUUCAAACAUAAAGAAUGGCGUGCUCCAAGCGCAGAUCUUUCCACAUACAUUGACUGUAUAUAAUGAUUCUUUGCUUGUAAUUGGUGGUAUUCGCUCUAUGGUGACUAAAGGAAAAGAUGAUAAUAAGAAGGAGCUUAAGAAGAAAAAGUCAAUGUUUGAAAAGGUUGAGGAGAUUGAAGAUUUAACAGAAUUGCCAGAUGAAGUCAAGUACUUGAGUCAGGAGCUAAGUGAGGACAAGUUUGAGGUGAUGGAAGAACUAGGUGAGGAAGAAGAAGACGAUGAAGACGAUGAAGAUGCUGACCUUAGUCCUGCCAAUUGGGCCAAAAAGUUUGAGCAAGAUGUAGCAGAGUGGGAUCAGGAAGAAAAUGCGUAUUAUGAUGACGACGACGUUGCUAAUGCUUCGAUAGUGUCGGACAUUGAAGACGACCGACUGUAUGUUGAAAUGCCUGGAUUCGAUGCAUCACUUAGUCUUGCGGAGAGUCAGAUUGGAGUGAACGAGAAUAAAGGCGUACCAGACCCAUUCCAGCACUGGGACCAAGGCAUGGCUAUUUCCCCGGAGAUGCUAAAUUGGAUGUUGCCUGCUGACAAGAGGAAGCCAUUCAAAAAGGAUAAGACGAAGCCGUGGAAGUAUUUUGUGGCGGCCAAUCACCCCGAUGUAGUAGAGCUGGCGCUUGAUGUGGACCUAUUACGUCUUUUCAUUUCGCCAACUGGACGCAUUCGUCCUCGUCGGUUUACUGGUCUGACAGCCAAGCAACAGCGCAAGCUAGCACGAGCAAUUAAAAUUUCUCGUCAACUCGCAUUGCUGCCGUAUCUGUCACGGUACCCGGAGCCGACGCCUGAGCAGUGGAAAGCUAUCGACGACGAAAUCAUUGCGGCCGCUGAGCUUGAGGAUGACAACGAUGAUGUAGACGACGACGACGAUGAGGACUUUGAUGAGGACUUUGAGUAUGAUUAA